GCACCCACCCAUUGCCGUCAUUGUCCACUGGCGCCAUGGCUUUUAUCGUUAGCCGUUCGUCGCUUCUCUCUUCUCACUUGACUACGGCGCGUGUUGCAGUCUCCUUCUCUCGUUUGUUCGCCAAAAACACCGAAAAAAUCAUGGCCAACCCAAAGGUUUUCUUCGAUAUCGCCAUCAACAACCAGAAUGUUGGACGAUUGGUCAUGGAGCUCCGCGCUGAUGUGGUUCCUCGCACAGCCGAGAAUUUCCGAGCGUUGUGCACCGGUGAAAAGAGUGGAAUGACCUACAAGGGUUCAACUUUCCAUCGCAUCAUCCCCCAAUUCAUGUGCCAAGGCGGAGAUUUCACCAACCACAAUGGCACUGGUGGAAAGUCCAUCUAUGGCAACAAGUUUGAGGAUGAGAACUUCCAGCUUAAGCACACUGGCCCAGGCAUCUUGUCCAUGGCCAAUGCUGGACCUAACACCAAUGGCAGUCAGUUUUUCCUCUGCACUGCCAAGACCUCAUGGUUGGACGGAAAGCAUGUGGUCUUUGGUCAAGUCGUUGAGGGCAUGGAGCUCCUCAGACAGAUUGAAGCUUGCGGCUCUUCUAGUGGCAAACCAGCCAAGCCCGUUAAGAUCGUCGACUGUGGCCAGCUGUAGAAGGCAGAUUUAUGCAAGAAACGGCGCCGUGUCUUUCUUUGCCCUUUUUGAGUUUCAGCAUUAUGUGUUAAUUACAAUCUGGAUCCUACCCUUGCUCUCCCCAUUUUUACCCUUAGCAAUCUCCGUCUUUUGCCGGCUCCCUUAGCUACAACAAAAAUCAUUCCACAUAGAUGUGAAACAAACUGAGGCAUAAUUGUUCCCUUUACGUGUCGUAUUCUUAACACUAUCUCCGUGGAGGCGCUCGUUUACUUUGAACAAUACAUGGCGAUAAUACGAUAA